CCUCGGUUUGCGUCGGCGUCUGCUGCGGCGUCCUCCGCUGGCCUCGGACCCCUGCAGCCGUCGGAGCCCGGCCCGGAGCGCGCCCGCCCUCGCGAGUCAUGGAGAUGAAGGCCGUGUGCGUGUUGAAGGGCCAGGGCCCGGUGGAGGGCACCAUCCACUUCGUGCAGAAGGGAAGUGGGCCUGUUGUGGUAUCAGGAACCAUUACAGGGCUGACUGAAGGCGAGCAUGGAUUCCACGUCCAUCAGUUUGGAGAUAAUACACAAGGCUGUACCAGUGCAGGUCCUCACUUUAAUCCUCUGUCUAAAAAACAUGGUGGGCCAAAAGAUCAAGAGAGGCAUGUUGGAGACCUGGGCAAUGUUACUGCUGGCAAGGAUGGCGUGGCCAUUGUGUCCAUAGAAGAUUCUCUGAUUGCACUCUCAGGAGACUAUUCCAUCAUUGGCCGCACCAUGGUGGUCCACGAGAAACGAGAUGACUUGGGCAAAGGUGACAAUGAAGAAAGUACACAGACAGGAAACGCCGGGAGUCGUUUGGCUUGUGGUGUCAUUGGGAUCGCCAAGUAAAUAUUCCCUAGGAUGCGAUCUGAGUUCUAGUUAACUCCUAUGUUAUCUUGCUAGUUGUAGAAAUUUAACUUGAUAAACAUUAAACAUUGUAACCUUAAAAGUAUAAUUUGUGUGACUUUUUAAUUGCUUUAAGUACCUGUGAUGAGAACUGAUUUAUGAUCACUUGGAAGAUUUGUAUAAUUUUAUAAAACUCCUAUUCAGUUAAAAUGUAUGUUUCAACGAUCUCUGUAUUUUGCCAGGCUUAAUCAUAUAUGGGUAUUAAACUUAAUUGUCUGAAUUUCUUCAAUUCUCAUUCAAGCCCGCAAUAAACAAAUACAACAUA